CAAACUCCGAAGUAACAAAGGCAGACACAAACAAAAGCUCCUCUUUCUCUCUCUUCGACGAGAAGAAACGGCCAGAAAAUAAUAAGUGUGUGACAGUGUUUGUGUUGUGUUGUUGACCUUUGGAAUUGGAAGUGGGAAUGGCCAUCAAUAAUGGUGGGGGAAGCGAGGAAGGGGCAUUGCAGACAGUGCUUUACAUGUGGGGCUACCUUCCCGGAGCUCUGCCGCAGAGGACGCCCCUCUUGACGCCGGUUGCCGUUAGGGUUCCGCCGUGUGAUUACUCUUGGAAUGAUGUUUGCGGCGGUGGCUGUGGAUUCGCUAUUGCUAUAUCUGAAUCGGGGAAGCUCAUCACAUGGGGCUCAACAGAUGAUCUAGGCCAAAGCUAUGUGACUUCUGGCAAGCAUGGGGAAACUCCAGAGCCUUUCCCUCUUCCAACGGAAGCCUCUAUUGUAAAAGCUGCAGCAGGAUGGGCUCAUUGUGUUGCUGUAACAGCAGAACAUGGAGCAGUUUAUACAUGGGGAUGGAAAGAAUGUAUUCCCUCUGGGAGGGUAUUUGGUGAACCAUCAACAGGGGUAAGUCUUGAGAAAGAUGUGCCAGGAAGGCAUAGUCAAGUGUCCACAGAGCAAGUGAGCCCUCGUUCUCAAGGCUCAAGAUCUACUGGAGGUACUGCCUCCAGUAACAGUGGAGAAGAAAGUACAAAGCGAAGGAGAGUGUCUUCAGCAAAGCAAACAGCUGAAAGCUCGUCAUCCAGUGAUGAUAGUCUGACAGCAUUCCCGUGUCUAGUCACACUAAAUCCAGGGAUAAGGAUAGCUAGUGUUGCUGCUGGUGGACGUCAUACGCUAGCGUUAUCAGAUACAGGACUGGUGUGGGCUUGGGGCUAUGGAGGUGAAGGGCAGCUUGGUUUGGGUUCCAGAAUACGCAUGGUUUCCACUCCUCAUCUUGUUCCUUGUAUUGAUUCCUCUUAUUAUAGUAAAGAUAGAUCUGCUACACUGGCUCGAGGAAACAUGGGUUCAGAGGGACAAACUUUUAGAGUUCCUGGAAGUUAUAUAAAGAGAAUUGCUUGCGGAGGUCGACAUAGUGCAGUAAUUACAGAUGCUGGAGCCUUGCUUACUUUUGGUUGGGGACUCUAUGGACAGUGUGGGCAAGGAAUUACCGAUGAUGAACUAAGCCCAACUUGUGUAUCUUCCAUAUUGGGUAUCCACAUAGAGAGAGUUGCUGCAGGACUGUGGCAUACAGUCUGUACAUCUGCUGAUGGUGAUGUGUAUGCAUUUGGUGAGAAUCAGUUUGGGCAGUUGGGAACUGGUGCUGAUCAAGCUGAGACUCUACCAAGACUACUGGAUUCUCCGAGUUUGGAUAAUUUGCGUGCAAAGAAUAUAUCUUGCGGUGCUCGCCACACUGCUUUAGUAACAGAGGGUGGAAAAGUUUUCUGCUGGGGAUGGAACAAAUAUGGACAGCUGGGCCUCGGUGACGUAAUUGACCGAAACAUUCCUUCUGAAGUCAUCAUUGAAGGUUGUGCCCCUAAAAAUGUUGCUUGUGGUUGGUGGCAUACUCUUCUUCUGGCCGAGUCCCCCACUUGAUGUCAUGGUUUAUCAGAGGCUCUUGACCCAAUUGUUAGAUAGUGGUUCUGCAAUGUAUAUGAACAUACGGCAGUGGUAUACAUAACAUAGGCUUCAUACAUGUUUGCAUUGUUUCAUGGCGUGUGAAUAACCGUGACUAGCUCCAGUAUUUAACACCACAGAAGACUAGAAGAGUGAUAUCUGGCGUGGAAGGAAGUAUUUUCCACCUAUGUAACAUUCUUAACCAUUAUGUAUAUUUUAUUUUAUUGUAUAAACUGUCCAGUAAAGUUAUAUGCACCGGAAGUUAGUAUGCUGGCAUGUAAUAGUUGGGUAGGUAUAAAUGUAAUCCUUUAAAUUAGUAUCUGCAACCAUAUUUUACCCAAUUCACCGUGUGUUUGGAUGAGGGUUGGUAAAAUUUAUUGUGGUUAAAAUUGAUUUUGAAGUAA